AUGGGAAGCCUCACUUUGCGAACCGUGCUGUCGAUCGUGGCAGUCGCCGCGGCGGGACUCGCGUUCCCGGCCACUCAGGCCCCAGCUCCUACUCCCGCGGCAGCUCCCUGCACAACAGGCGCUCCCGUCGUAACGGCCGGAUACACUAUCAACUACGCCCCAGCCGUGCCGACGGUGGCGUUCCAGGAUGGAUACCAGCCCGAGGAGGCGUGGUCCAAGAGCCACGUCAUCGGCACUUAUACCUUUGGUGUCCCGGAGCCGGUAGAGUCCGGCUUCGCUUAUGCCCAGUUCAAGUGCCAGUACUACUGCAAUAACGCCGGGGUUUCCGGCGCCGGUAGCUUCUUUGUCAAUUAUGCUGGCGAGGGGAAUAAUAUUGGCUCGUAUUGUACUUGUUUCGACGAGUUGCUGCAACCUGAAGCCUUCGUUGCUAACGAGGAGACUAUGGUUGGUGGUUGGAACCAUAUUUGUGCCGAGUAA